AAUGUUCUAUUUAUACUACAUUACAAUAAUAGAUAAAAUGACAAAAGGGCCCUUUAGAGACUAGUCUUCAAAAAUACUCAAAAGUGUCAUGAUCAUGAUCAUACGUGUAUCACUUGCUGCUACUGAUCAGUUACAUAGAUUGGGUCAUAGUGUCCUAGCGCUUGAAUGUGCUGAUAGGAUUGGUGGUCUGAUGAUGUAUGGUGUGCCCACCAUGAAUUCAGACAAAAUUGAUGUCGUUCAGAGGUGGGUUGACCUUAUGGAGAAGGAAGGGGUGAAAUUUGUAGUCAAUGAAAAUGUCGAAAAUGAUCCUGUGUUCAGCUUGGAUGGCCUCCGUGAAGAUCAGCACGCAAUUGUUUUGGCUGUUAGAGCCACAAAGCCAAGGGACCUUCCCGUUCCUAGAAGAGACCUCUCAGGUGUCCAUUUUGCAAUGGACUUUGUACACGCAAACAUAAAAAGUUUACUUGUUAGCAAGAUGAAAAAUACAUUUUUGCCAAGGGCUAGAAAGUGGUUGUUAGCGGUGGAGAUGAUACUGGGACAAAUUGUAUAGCGCUCCUGGAAAUCCUUGGCCACAGGUUUGAUCAUGUUUUAGUUGAUUUUAACCUUCUUACUCAAUUAGACUCUUGCUUCAUGAUUAUUAUGUGCAUGAUAGUUUCAGUUGCAACACAAGGUUUUUGAGAGUUUAAAUCUUGAAGGAACUGCUGUUUUUUAUUUUCUGUCGUAGUUGCUAGAAUGGGCUUUACUGUCCAAGUUGGGAUAUGUCAUAAAGUGAUCAUGGAACUUCUGUUGAUGAGUUGUUCAUCAAAUUCCUGAAUGUCAUUAUGACCCGCCCUUUGCUUUUUGUUGUUGGCAGUGGCCUCUUUUCUUUGGUGUAGAUUAUGGGCAUCAGGAAGCUGCCGCAAAGUUUGUUAAGUACCCCAGCUCCUACGAGGUUUUGACCAAGCGGUUCUAAGUAAGUGCUUCUUCAUUCUCUCGCUCCUGUUGUAAAUAUUCAGAUAAAUAAGAAUACGGCACCAACCAGUUGCUGGAAUCUGGAUUAAGAAGAAGAAGAAGAAAGAAGAAAAAAUAUAUAUAUAAAUCACUGCUUACCAGAGUUUCGGAAGUCACCGGAGUUUGUCGCCGGUCGUCGAAAUCAAACUUGUGAGACGAAUGGUAGCAGCCGCAAUCAUCAAUUUGUAAGUUGGUAGUGUUUAAAUGUGUAAAUAAACCCUAAAAUUAGCUUAUAUACUGUCAAUCCUAAUUUUUAAAAAAACAACUAAAAGGCAUCGCCUUUCUCGCCUCGCCUCGCCUCGCCUCGCCUCGCCACGUCACCUUUCUCGCAAAUGAUUCGCCAUUUGAAUUUCGCCACGCCAUGGACUGAAGAGGUGACAUAGGCUCGCCUCGCCAUUCGCCAUUGGCGAUGAGGCGCUCGCCUUUUACAAAACUAGUGUUAUUAUUUUGACUCCUAUUUUUCGUGGAAAAUAGCAGUUCAUCUAUGAUGGCUCUUUUACACAAGACUUAGACUAUGGGAACUCCCAAAUGUGAAUUUCUAAGUAUGUGCUUCUUCAUUCUCUCGCUCCUGUUGUAAAUAUUCAGAUAAAUAAGAAUGACUUCUGUUAGAGUAAGUUGGCGUACUAAUGUUGCUUCUCACUUUGUUCUCUUUGAAUCUUUUUUUUUUUUGUAACAUCUUGAGUGAAGAUAAUCAUUUGAUUUUUAUCCUUACAUUAGUUUUGAUUUUCAAUUUGAAGCUGAUUAGUUCCCAUAUGUACCCCUAUGAUGGCUCCUCUUUUCUUCUCCGCUAUUUUUAUUUCAUAUAUGAGGUGCAUGGUAAGAUUAAAUAAGAGAUAUUUGCUUUUUACAUUGUUUCAACUAUGUUGUUUGGACUCUUUAGAAAUGUCAUCGGGUAUGUGUCGGAUCCUUCAAAAGUAGUGUAUAUUUGGAGGAUCCAACACGGGUACGAUAAUUUUUUUGGAGUGUCUGAGCAACUUAGGUUUCCAAGGACAACUUGCUUGAUGUAAAAAAAAAUUUUGCCUGACUCGAACCUCUUUUCUUCCCUUCCUCUGACAGUAGUAUUGGAGUUUUUGAAUAUCCCGCUUAAAAGUUACUUCGAAUAGAAGUGCUAGAUAAAGGCAUCUUAAAUUAUUGUAAUAUUAGCGUCAACUCCGUUUUAUGGGCAGACAUGAGCAAGACAGGAUAGUGAAGUAAAAGAAACAUAAUAUAUGUCGGGGGUGUUCUUUUCCAGUUUUGUUAUGGUUACAUAAAUUUCAUAAAAGGAAGCUUACCUGGGUUUGGGUUCCUCUUUGUUCCUUUUGUGUUUUGGUUUUCUUUUAAUAAGUAAACUAGCAAAAUGGGCACAAAGAUAGUGUUGACUAGGUACGGCCUAGCUACAAAAAUGUAAUUGUUCUGGUAAGGAGUUGAGCGAACAGGGCAGCUCGGUGCGCAAGCUAUCGCUAUGCGUAGGGUCCGGGGAAAGACUAGACCAGAAGGAGUUAAGCAAGUCAAGUAAAAUGUCUGUAUUAUAUAUCUUUAGUAUACACCAAAAGGCUAAUAUUUGCAACCAGUUCUAUUUUAAGAGAUGUACUGUAACAAGUGCUAGGCUUAGUUGAUUGCAGAGAAGACUAUUGUUUGGACAAUGGAUAGAUUAAAAUUAGUGUUCGCCGAGCUUGCUGUCGAUCAAAGGGAUCAUCAAUUUGCUAAUUAAAGAAAGUUUUAAUUUCAUUUUUCUUUCUUUUCUUCCCUUAUUAAUUGCCAUGUUUUCUUCACAACUACUUACAAUGUUUUCUUUUUCAUAACUACUUUGAUUUGCUGCACUUGAGCUGAGGGUUUUUCAGAAACCGCCUCUCUACCUCGAUGAGGUAGAGGUAAGGUUUGCUUACACUCUACCCUCCCAGACCCCACUUGUGGGAUUAUGCUGGUUGUGUUUUUGUUGAGGCGGGAGUGGGGUGGGUUCCUACCUCUUACUAUUGUUGACUCUUUUAUGUCAAUUUGCAGAAUAACAACGGUGUUGAUGCGAGUAUCUUCUGCCUUCUGAUCUCUUGAUGGUACAUGUAUGAAAGCUCUAGAACUCAAAAGUAUCCUGCAAAUCUUGAAUUUUGCCAUACAACAAAGUUCUUUGUUUUCUUCUCUUCAUGUACUUUGAUGCUUUGUAUAUGCAAUUUGGCUUUUAUUACUAUAAACUGGUAAAUUUUCUGCAAAUUAGCUUAAGAUUCCAAUGUUAGCUGAGUGACCUUAACUUUUUGUAUGAAUUUUACUUUUGGAAGUGAGCAGAAUGAUUCUUGGUA